AGCACUAAAGAAAAGCAUAUGUGAGGCCAGCAACAACUAGCUUAGCUAGCUAGCUAUAUACUAGGAUCUAUCGAGCAGCAGCAGCAAGUAGCUAAGGUAUUGCCAGCAUAUACUGGUAGUAGCAGUAGUUAGCUAGCAUUGAGAGAGAGAGAGAGGGAGAGAAAUCGAGAGAGAGAGAGAGAGGAGGAAGAAGCAGCAGCGGCAGCAGCUGAUGACUAUGCACUCACACCCGUACCCACACCGCCUGAGCAACAUAGUCAUCGGGUACCUCAACCUGGUGAUGCUCCUUGCCUCCAUCCCCAUCAUCGGCGCAGGGCUGUGGCUGGCGCACGGCUCGGCGGCGACAUGCGAAUCCGCGCUGCAGGCGCCGCUCCUGGCCAUCGGAUUCAUCGUCCUCCUCGUCUCCCUUGCCGGCUUCAUCGGCGCCUGCUACCAUGUGACAUGGGCGCUGUGGCUGUACCUCCUGGCCAUGCUGCUGCUCGUCGUCGCCCUGCUGGGGAUCACCGUCUUCGGCAUGGCCGUCACGGCGGGGGGCGGCGGCAGGCAAGUGCCUGGCAGGCCCUACCAGGAGUUCCGGAUCAGAGAUUACUCGGCCUGGCUGCAGAAGCGCGCCCAGGUCGACCGCUACUGGCGGCCGGCGCUGGCAUGCGUGGUCGGGUCCGGAGCGUGCCCCAGGAUCGCGGCCUGGACGCCCAUGGAUUACCUGCAGCAUAGCCUGACGCCAAUACAGUCGGGAUGCUGCAAGCCACCCACAUCCUGCACGUACAACCAAGCCGGCGUGCCCGUGGAGGCGCAGGACGAGGACUGCUACCGGUGGAACAACGCCCCCGGCAUCCUGUGCUACCAGUGCGACUCGUGCAAGGCCGGAGUGCUGGAGCAGGUGCGGCGAGACUGGCACAACAUCACCAUCCUCAACGUCAUGGUCCUCGUUGCGCUCAUCGCCAUCUACUCGUGUGGCUGCUGUGCUUUCCGCAAUGCCCGGCGUGCCGAGUACCCGUAUGGGGUGAACCGCAUGUCAAAGAUGAAUCCACGAUGGGAUUACUUCUGGUCAAGGUGGUGGAAUGGCCAAAGAGAGCAGCUGUAUUAGGGAGGGUAUCAUAUCUAGUGAUAGGCUGAUAGUAUAUAUGGUUGAGCGUUGAGGUUUCAGAUCAGCGAGUUUUUUUUUCUUAAUGCAUGUACCGUUUGGAUCCAAGUGCUAAUGGAUGAAAGUGCUAAAUUUUAGCAUUAGCUCAUCCAAACAGGAGUACUAACGGUGGGCUAAAUUUUAGCCAAGACUUAAAAACUUUAGCAUGUGCAUACGUGCUAAUAUGCGCUAAAGUUUAGCACUCAACUUUAACUCCUCCAAACAGAUCCUGUAUCGCACAUUCCUAUGACUGAAUUCUAUAUUUUACUGUAUAGUAUGACUGAAUUCUACUGUAUGGCUGAUCUUUAUUUGGUCGGCGGAACGAAGCAAGUGAAAGAACCUGCAGAUGGCAGUCUCAUGUGAAUAAAGGGAAGAUCUAUGCACA